CUACUGUCUAUGAUCGCUAUUGAUUGGUCGACGAGGAGAUGUGAAAAAUGGCUGCUUUGCCUUCUCCUACUCAGGUGGCAGGGACCCACAGUGCUAUAUACGAAGCAUAUUAUCACCAAGUGGAUCCAAAUGGAGCGGGCACAAUUCAGGCUCCCGAAGCUGCUCGCUUCCUCAAGAAGUCUCAGCUCAGCGAUGUGGUGCUCAGCAAGAUAUGGGACCUCUCAGAUCCUACUGGGAAGGGAUACUUGGAUAAACCCGGAUUGUUCGUGGCUCUGAAGCUGGUGUCGCUCGCGCAGACCGGCCGCGACGUCAACAUGAGCAACAUCCAUAUGGACACACCGCCGCCCAAAGUGGGUGAGAUCCCAAAGGUCCCGUCGCAGGCGCCCUCGCCGGCGCCCCCCAGCGACUGGAGCAUCAAGCCCGCGGAGAGGGACAAGUACAGCCAGCUGUUCGAUUCGCUGCAGCCUAACAACGGCCUUAUUGCGGGGAACAAGGUGAAAGGCGUGCUAAUGGAAUCCAAGCUUCCCCUGGACACCCUGGGCAAGAUCUGGGACCUCGCUGACCAGGACAAGGACGGGAUGCUGGACAGACACGAGUUUAUGGUGGCAAUGCACCUAGUGUACAAAGCGUUAGAAAAGCACGCGAUUCCGACCGUGCUGCCGGCGGAGCUGCGCGCGCGCCCCCCGCGUCCCCCCUCGCGCCCCCCCUCGCGGCCCCCGUCGCGCCCCCCCUCGCGCCCGCCCUCGCCUCAGCCCCGCCUGCCGCCCCGCCCGCAGCCGCCGCACUCCAACGCCAGUUUGCUCGAGGGGCUGCUGGAUUUGUCCAGCCCCCCGACGGCGACUGCGCCGGCGCAGCCGCUGAUGUCGGCGACCCCUCUCGUCCCGGCCGGCGGGGCCAGCUCCGCCGUGACUCUUAUAGGUUCUCAACCACCUUCCGGACCUGGUCCGACGUGGGUGGUGCCUGCGGCGGAGCAGGCCGCGUUCUCGGCACAGUUCGCGCGCGCGGACGCGGACUGCGACGGGCUGGUGUCGGGCGCCGAGGUCAGGCAGGCCUUCCUCGACACCGGCCUGCCGCACUCCACGCUCGCGCACGUCUGGGCCCUGUGCGACACAGACAGUGUGGGGAAGUUAUCCCGUGAUCAGUUUUGUUUGGCGAUGUGGCUGGUGUCGCGGGCUCUACGAGGGCAGCCGCCCCCCGCCGCCCUCGCCCCGGACAUGGUCCCGCCCAGCUGCCGUCCACAGACACAGCAAUCUCUGGAGCCGGCACUGAACCUGGGACCGCAGCCGACGCCGGAGACGGAGGCGAUCGCGCGCGAGGUGGACGCCCUCGCGCGCGAGCGACUGGCGCUGGAGGCGGACGUCAGCUCCAAGCAGAGGGAGGUCGCCGUCAAGACUGGCGAGGCUGACAGCUUGCAGAGCGAAUUGGACACGUUGACGGCGACGUUAAAACAGUUAGAAAACCAAAAAGGUGAAGCACAAAAGAGGUUAAAUGACUUAAAAACACAGGUGGAAAAGCUCCGGUCCCAAGUGUCGGCGCAGGAGGCGGCCGCCGCGGAAACGGAAGCGGAGGUGGCGGCGAGGAGACAGGCCGCCAACACGCUGAAGGAGAAGGAGAGGACGCUGCAGCAGGACGUGGCCGCGGCGGAGGCCGACUGCGACGCGCUCACGGCGCAGCUGCGUCGGUCGGUGUUGGCCGUCAGCCAGGCGAACAUAAAGAUCAGCUACCUGGAACAGCAGCACCGCGAGCUGGAGCAGGCGCUGUCGGCGCUGCAGACGUCGCCGUCGGCCGCGCAGCUGACGCUGACGCCGCGCUUCCGCGCCGCCGACCUCGAGCGCGUGGUGCGCGGCGCCACGCCCAGCGACGCUCUGGAGGAACCAGAGACUCGCAACGAAUUCGGUACGAUGAACGGUUCGUUCGGCGCGGACCCCUUCAAGGAGGCGGGCUUCUCGGCUGCGACGCCCAACGACCCCUUCGCACCCACACACGACAAACCUGCGCAGGACGGAUUCAGUUCGGAUCCGUUCGCGUCGAGCGCGGACCCGUUCGCGGGCGAUGCGUUCGCGUCCAGUGACAAUAAGCCCAGCAACGAUCAGGGCGCGUGGGAGAGCGACCCGUUCGCGGUGCUGCACGCGCCCGAGCGCCCCGCCAAGGUGCCCCCGCCGCGCCCCGCGCCCCCGCGCCCCGUGCCUCCGCACAAGACCCGCGCCAAUUCGUCCAUGGACUUCACCGAAGACCCCUUCAAAGACUACAGGUACGAAGACCCCUUCAAUAUCGAAGACCCCUUCGCGGACGUCACGGACGCAAAGAUAAGACCGACUUCUGUAGCUGGAUUUGAAACUGAUGAUUUCUUCUCACCCACUCUGAAUGGAAACUUCCCGAAGCCGGAAAAGAGGAGCGGACGCGUUUCCGCUCCGCCCGUCGCUUACGAUCCGUUCUCGACGAGAUCUGACCACAAAAGUAGCGCAAUCAGUACUCUACCUGAGACAAAUGAAAAUAACAACACAUGGGCGGCCUGGCCCAACGAUAACUGGGCCACAGACGACGCGUGGUCCAAACCGACGCAAUCCAAGGACGUUUGGGCCAAACCUCAAAAACCAGACGCCUGGUCGACUAGUAAAAACACCAACUCCUCGUCGAGUGAUUGGAAAACGGACAACUGGGCGAAUAAAUCCGAAAACUGGGCCACGGACUGGGGAACAGACCAGAAUAAGAACUUAAACGAGACAUGGCCGUCGAAUACGCUGCCUUCGAAGAAAGAAAAAUCGCCGAAGCCUGUCAAAUACGCGAAAUCUUUGGUUAACACGAUAGGGGGUAUUGGCAGGAGUAGGCACAACAAGGAGAAGAAGAAAGCAAAUGUUGAAGGUCGGAGUACAGAGUUCUUGCCGACGGAGGAGCAGCAGUGGCAGUGGGCCGCGGAGGAGUCGAAAAGAUUACAAGCCGAGGCCGAGGCGAGAAGGAGACAGGAAGAUGCUGAAUUGCAACUAGUUUUAGCUAUAUCAAGGCAGGAGAAGUGAUGGCGCGAUCAGUGGUCUAUGGUCUGGUCUACAAGUCGGUGAGUCGACGAGUCAAUGCAUUUUUUUUUAAAUUUGAGCAAUCGUCCUCUUUUUGGAAUACGAUUUUUUAGUUCGCAUCGAUUGCACGCCGCGAAACUGAUAUUGGCUUCGUUUGAACGCGCGUUGUAUGCGUUGAUAUUAUACGAUGUUGAAUUCGUGUCCAAUCAGUGUGCGAUUUUAUAUCAGCCGACCAAUGGGAGGCAGGAGUUUGAGGUUCAUUCUGCAUUCCACUUCAUACAGGGAGAAUCUGUAAGUCUGUAUAUGUAUUUAUUCCUAGAUUCGUAACUAUAUUUAAAAUACAUUGAGGACCUGAAAUGGAAUCGCCAUCUGUUUCCCUGAAAAUAUUAUGAGUGAAAGAGAUGACGCUCUACAAAAGUACUAUUAUCACAAUGUACGUAUAUAUAACCUGUACUCGAUUUGUAUAUAUUGUAAGAUGUACAUAUAGUAGGCUUACAGUUAACUCUCGUCAUUUAUUGGAACUAAAAUAUAUCGCUAGUCAGUUGGUUAAAGCAAAUUGCGGGGUCUAAGAGCUCCAAUCCGAUGGAAUUUUGCGGUUGCAUACAAAAAGUAAUUGUUCAAAUCUUUAAUAUUAGAAAUAGAUACAUACAGUUAACGUAGCCUUUGAGUUUCACAUCUGUUGGCUCAGUUAGGCCGGUACCGCUACUGUGAUGCUGGUAUUCCAGUUGUUCUUGGUCAGCGGUGAUCCCUUACCAUCAGGUGAUCCGUUUGCUUGUUUGCCGUCCUAUACUACAAACUUAUCUAAUGAGCUGUGAGUUAAUAUACUUUUUAUUAGGUAUAUUGUUUGUAUAUGGAUCAAUGAGGAGCCAAACUUGCACUAAUUAUAUUAACUUCAGAUCGUUACGAAAUAUCGAAACGAAAAUAAUUUUAUAUAUUUUAUUUUAGAUUUAAAUGUUUCAUAUAUUUAAAUUUGCACAUUUUGUACAUUUUCUUAUGUAGCAAGAAAAGCUACAUUAUACAACUUUAAAUAAGGUCAGUGAAAUUAAAAUGGCUGAUGAUUAUGUACUAGAAAUGAUGUACAUUCAACAGCACAUAAAGUUAACCUGCAUGAAUCUCUAUGGCGCGGUAAUAGCGGCGAGUUUGCAUUGUAUUCGGGUAGGUUCGUGUGCCGUUGAAUAUACUUACAAGUCGUUUUAUUAUAGAAAGGCACGAAAUAAUAGGCACGCUAGGGUUUCGUGAAUGAUGAUUUUUUGUAUGCAACAAGCAAUUUGUAAAAGUGUAUUAUAUUGUUCGCGAGGCCUAAGCUUCAAUGUGUAUAGUGUAGGCUUAAAUCGAAGAGAUCGCGCGGUGAAGUCGUGACUUUUUUAUAUCCUUUUUUAAUAAAGAAAUUUACAUUUAGGUUUUGAACAUGAUGAAAUAGCUUUUGAAUAGUCGUAUAUUUUUGUAAUUCAUUUACUUUAAAGACACAGCAUUCAAAAUGAAUCAUGCGAUAAUGUUUAUUUUCAAUUAUUAUAUACCUGUAGGAUUUGUUUCUGUCGGUUGGGUUAGUUCUUGCCGUAUUUCAUAAUGACAUAAAUCACGAUUUCACCCCGUCCAAAUAUUGUUAUAUUUCAUGAAUUAUGAAUAAAUUAUUUGUGUCCUUAUAAUUUAUAAAUUGUGUCUAUGAAACAUUUGUGUGUCUCCUACGCACGAAUGUACAGUAUAUCUGUCUCUUUCUGGCCUUCUAUAGUGCUCUUAAUGUUUCUUACAUUUUUAGAGCGAGAAAACAUGAAAUGAGACGCUUCAUCGUUUGCCUUGUGUUUAAAACAGUCAAUUGAUUUUUGCAAUAUUAAAAAAAAUCUUAUUGUUAUUCUAAUAUUCCUCGAAUCGCUCGAAUAUACUAUUUACUGCCUAUUUAGACAUAUCUAAUAAGAGGCAUUUUAAUCACACAAAUAUUACCUAGUGACUGAAUAUACGGUCAGAGGAAGAGGCGCCGUGAAGAUGUUAAUGAAAAAUGAUCCUAAAUAAUACCUACAAUAAGAUCUUGUUUGAAAAUUUCUCACUUAACAUAUGUAUGAUGAUGGAUAGGAUGAUGAAUGAAAGUUUACAAAGACCACGUUACUUAUGUAAUUAAUAUCGACACAACACUGUUAUAUUUGAAAAUAAAUUUAUUUAAUUGUAGUCUCGCAAUUUUCAGUUGACACAUUUUCGGUCAAUUGUAUAUUUUUAAAUUGUGUAUACUUUAUUAUUGGUUAGUUAGCUUGUACGUUGUAUAAAUAUUUGUUUUGUAUAAAUUCCAUUGGAUGCGUGUGGAAGUACAACUGUAUUUGUUAUUAUGUUGGCAGAAUGCUCGAUGCGAGUACAAACGCAUGGUACUUCAAUAUAGCCAAGUAUUGUCGCAACAGUCAUUAAUAUUUCAUUAAAAUAAUGUUUGGCUUUGAGACCACAACAUGGAAGUGACCACCUUUAAAAAUGUGGUCCCUUCGUCGGCUCAGACCGACUUCACCCGAGUGAGCGUUAAAUAGCUGAGCGAUUCAGCUCAACCUUAAGUAUCACUAUUACCCACAUAAUAAAUUACGCCUAUAGAUUUCACUUCGAAAAUGCUCAAUUUAAACUAAAUUACACGAAAAAUUGUCAAGUCUGGGCGGUAGCUUAGCGCGGCGUGUUAUUAUCUGUAGUGCCUUCUGAUUCACUGUUCUUAUCUCUUUCUAACACUAGUGAGCGGACUUGUGAGUGAAGAGAACGUAUGUAGCUUCGCAUUAUCAACGAUAUAUCUGUCGUGGUUCGGUUCAAUUGUUCGUAUUACAUGUAAUAUUCUAGAAAAAUGUGCAAAUGAUAAAUAAAGGUGUACAUUUUUAAAAUUUCUACCAUUUGGUAGUUUUUAAGUAUUGUAGAACGACAACAUUCGCUUUUGUCGUACGCACGGGCUCACGCAUCGUAUCCAAAACAAUAAUAAUAAUAUGUUACUGCACGCUCUUGUGGGACAUUUGAUAAAAUUAAAAAAAAAACUAUCAGUAAAUUUCGCAUGAAAAAUGUCUCGACAAGUGGCUGUUAGGGCGAGUUCACACCGUAUUAUGAAAACAAACGGCCAUAACUUUAGCAUUCAUCGUAUAUAAUUUACAUUAAAAUUGACCACUCAUACAGCUAGUUAUGGUACAGCGUGGACUUACCCUAAUACUGGGUUUUCACAUGGCUAUUUCUUGGUUUGCGUGUUGCGGGCACAUCUACGUAUAAUUGUACUAGUUUAGAAGGUGACCGAUACAUGGACACGAGACAAAUCUGAGCAGUGUACGUCGGCUGCAAACUCUAACUCUAGUAGCCGUGUGAAGCCAGCAUUAGAUAGUAAGUAAUUUUAUUGUAAACAAUGUAAUGUAAUUAAUACCAGUGUGUUUAAUGGGUAUUAUUAUAAAGUUGUUAUCUCUUUCUUAGGCGCUGUUAAUUGAGGCUCGCCGCGCCGCGCGGACUAUCGGUUUAGUUCGACCAAACGUCCUUGAUACUUGAUAUUCUCCAUAGACUAUAGAUGACAUAAGAUAUGUAGAGUAGGUGGUUCAUUAUUUUAUUACGUUGUUGAAAUUUAUAGAAAUGUCUAUUUUUCGCUAAGCGUUCUCAGUCAAUUGAUAUUCUUGUAUUUAUAAUAUUUAUUUUUUAAUAGUGAAAUAUACUUAUAGUCCAGUCCGCGCGGCGAUUCGAUCCGAUCUGUUAUCAAGUAUACAAUAUAAUGUAUGUAAUUUUCAGUGAUAGCGGAAAUAAAUCUUUAAAAUCUUGACGUUGAUGUGUAUAUGUGUAUUUAAAGCUAAAGAUGGGUCGAAUAGUUAGGUGUACGGUAGUGACGGUGCGCGGCUCGUUCGGCCACUGGUUUGUACAAAGCUUUAAAUUAUAUAUUGUAGCUGUAAGAACGCAAAAUCUCAUUGGCCAUGUGCGCUUCAUUAAUUAAAAGAUCGAGAUGGAACUAGUCGCAAUAUGUUCGAGUGAGACUACGUAUCAAAGAAUGUUGAAGUUAAAUCUAAAUAGUUUCAAAAAUAUCAGUAUUAUUUCGAGUCCGCGCGCCUUAGCCUAUAGGUUAAUGAAUUAUCAUUAUGCAAACUGUUGGUAUGUUACGUAGGUGUGAUGGGCUUGGAUUUGGGCCUCGUACUGAUAGGACGAAUUAGAUGCUUAUUUCUCAAGCGCCACAUUACUAUUCCACCAAGCAGAAUUAAAAAGUAUUUUCAAAAACCGACAAUUAAGUUGUCUACGCCACAAAAAAAAACGAGCUACAAAAAUACGUGUUUGUCUUAUUGAAAAUACUUUCUGUUAUGGGGGCCAUGUUUCUGAAAAUAAAUGAUUGAUGAACUCCUCUGUUCCAUCUUGUUACAUUCUAAUUAAAUUACGGAAAAUGUUAUGUGGUGUGAGAGUAAGCGGAAUUAGGUGUAGGUAAAAUAGGACGAAAUGCAUUUUACGAAAAUUAGAAGACCCACUUAUAACACGCAUCCGUAGUCCCCAUCACAACCGUUGAUAAUCACAAUAAAAUUAAUUGUUAAAAACUUGGCAUUUAAAGAUUGCUACUGGAUGCGAGAAAGAGAUGCAAAUAGUUGCCCAGUGCAGUCUUUAUUCAAGCAUAUUAUAUAGAUUUAAUUAUUAAUAUUUUGCAUUGAUCGAUGUUUGUUAAUGUAUACUUAUUAGCGAUUUUUAUUCACAGCUUUUUUAAAUGCAACGAAUUUAAUACUUUCAAGUGUCAAGAUUGGUUGGUUCUGUUUCUGUGAAACGGGAGUGUUGCUCUACCGUAGUUUUGUCUUUGGAUGCUAGUGGUUGUUGCAAACUGAAGUGGAUUUUAUAUCUGUAUUCUUAGAGUUGAUAUUUCAUUAUAUUGUUUGAAUUUAUUUUUGUUAAUGUAACAGUGAUUCUGUGUUUUAGAUCAAUUUGUAUAAAGUCUAAUUUAGUUUGCAGCAUUCCUAGCGAUCUUGAGACUUUGAAUACGUGUUAUCGGGCCUAUUGUACAUGAUUGUGCUGCCGUGUUAAUGUAAGGAAUUGUAACUUAUGAAUAUGUGUAAUUCUGUAAAGAUAUGUAGCGAAUAGUCACGAAUAUCCUAUAAAAAGCACGAUCAUGUUUGAAUCGGCCAUAGACUAUAUAACUUCUUAGAUAUUUUAAUGACAUUUUUGUUGAUCUAUAUAAAUGAAUUUAAUAAAUAUUAAUUGUGAAUGUAUUCUGUUAUAGUGUUCUAAGAAGUUAUCAUUUCUAUGAUCUAUUAAUUAUCUGUUGAUGUUUCAAUGUUUACGCCUUAGCCGCAUUCAUAUUAAAAAAAAAAAGUGGCAUGUCUUCUUCACUUAUUCUAAUCAUUGACAUGUCGCGCAGCCAUAAUAUCUUAUUUAUCAUAAGAGGCUAAAUAAUUAUAUAGUACAAUGUAUCUCAUAUCACGUUUAGUUCGCUCAGGACAUAUUUGUUCUAAAAAUACAAUAACUAUGUUAUAAUCAAAACUUCUUGUGAUUUAGCGUCGUAGAUAUUCUGUCUAUACUGUAUACAUAGUGACGUCCGGGGCUUUUUUCAUAAUACCAUUAAACCAUAGAGUUAUGUGUAGAUGUGUAUACUGUAGCGGGUUGUGAAAAAGGCCCACGACUAUAUGUUCGUUUAGGUUCAUAGUGUACAAUAUAAAAAUGUCCAAAAGAAAGUCCCAAUUUUCCUUUCACAAAUCCAAAUUUUCAUGUAAUUUUGAAACUGUUGCACGUUUUGACGCGCUGGACAUUAUGGACCUAAAUAGAUUUUUUAACGCUGCAAAGUUGUAAUGUUAGCUUAUGAUGUUAUAACUGGUUGACACAUAUCGCCUGUUGUCUAAACGUUCGUUGCGUCUUCGCUUCUAGUUCCGUUGUUAAAACUAAAAGAUCAGACUGCAUUUUUUGAAAAAUAUUUUAUUUUCUACUUUAAAUAUUAACUGCGGAAUAAAUGUGUACCUACGCUUGUGUUACGCGAUAUAUAAUGUAAAUUGUUUUGAGCACGUUCUAGAUAAUUGCAAGGUUAGAGAAAUUCUACUAGGUACUUAUGAUAAAUGUUUAUAUAAACAAGUUGUGUACGUUUGUAAUAAUAUAUAGCGUGUACGACCAAAUAAUAUAAUGAAUGUCGGUACUCCGAGGUUGCGAUGUGGCAACACCUAAUUUAUAAUUUCAAUUUUGGAAGGCUGUGUUUUGUUGCGACAUUUCAGUUUUUAUCGUGAAAUAGUUUUGUGAGCUGGCAACACUAGUCGCUUUUCAAGCGCCAGAUUUAUGAUACAGAGCGUCGAGUGUAAGUUGAUGCGUGGUAGGCCAGCGAACUAAGUUGUAAGCUAUUGAAAUUCUUAUUUUGAAGCGUAGGUGGCGCCCUCUUCACAUCGACUUAUACUUGACUAUAUAGGUUGGUUUGUCUAAAAGGAUUAUUUUGUAUUUAAUAUAAAUUUGAAAUGUGAGCCGGUUGGGUACCAUCGUUCGUGCAUUCGUCAUUACCUGCUGACAUGUAUUCACUGUAAUGAAACUAUGAUAUUAUAUUAAUAUGAAAACAAACAAUUCCUGAGAUAAUAAAAGGAGAAAUAAUA